GGUGGUAUAAUACAUUAGUAAUACGAACUGUCAAAUAGUACUUUUGGUAGAAAUCUGCGUGAUUGUGAAAAAUACAAUUAGAUUUUUCCAAUUUGGCGUUAAUUUUUAUCCAGAAUAGUGUUAUUGAAGAAUCGCAUACGAUUGAUGGUAGUCUCCCGAGUGUUUUAAGGCCGAUUACCAGCCAUUUCCACAGUUUUAAGAAGUGACGAUGCAAAAUGGGCGCUAAUGUCUUUGUUACUUUGAAGGUAUAUUAAUCACCCGAGCGGAUCAUCAUGAACUCUGAGGAAUCGGACUCCGUCAAUACCAUCCCCAUGGAUGGACACCCGGAAGAUACCUCAGGCACAGGCACAGAAGAGGCGCCCUCAUCGAUGGUGUCGAGCGAGGCGGAGUCGGAAGGCAGCAUGCUGUCGGAGCCGCCCCGGCACGACUCCGACACGUUGGUGAGCCAGAGUGAGGGCGGUUCCGAGUCGCACACCAUGCAGGACAAGCCAAGCGUUCCCGCCAGCGACUACCGCGUCGGGAACUCCAUGGCUUCAUUCGUAUCAACUAGGGGGUCGAUGUUGCCGUGGGGCUCCCACAAGGGCCCGGUGGUAGCGUCGACGGACUCUGACCUGCGGCCUGGCGAGUUCGUCAUGCGGCUGCUGUUCACGGAGUUCACCGUGCAGGCCGAGCGGAAGAUGGAGGCGGUCAUGGCGGAACCACUGGAGAAGCCCCUGAACAAGACGUUGCAGCGCGGCGAGGAUCCUCAACUGGACCAGAUCCUGUCUGCGUUCGGCACGGUCGCCGAGCACUGCCUGCCGUCGCUGCUGCGGGCGCUGUUCGGCUGGCUCGAGCGGCAGAUGGCCGACUCGCCGCAGCUUAGCGAGCAGGCCAAGAAACCACACCAGGACCUCAGGAACAAGAGUAUAAUCUACAUAGUAUCUGGUAGCGGCGCGGGCCCGGAGGCGGUGGAGCGCAGCUGCGAGGAGCUGCAGGCGGAGCGGCGCGACUUGGCCGUCGAGUUCCUCUUCUGUCUUGCGCUCAUCGAGGUGCUCAAACAGCUGCCCUUCCACCCAGGGCACGAGGACCUCGUCCAGUACAUAGAAAACGUCGCCUUCAAGAGAUUCAACUAUAAGGAAGGCUUGCAAUCGAACCCGAACGCAGCGAACGUGCACAUUAUAGCGGAUCUGUACGCUGAGGUGAUCGGCGUGCUCGCGCAGUCGCGGUUCGCGUCCGUCCGGAAACGAUUCACCGCCGAACUUAAGGAGUUGAAAAGCCGCGAGCCUUCGCCGCACACCACGCAGAGCAUCAUCUCUCUGCUGAUGGGCAUGAAGUUCUUCCGCGUGAAGAUGGUGCCCAUCGAGGAGUUCGAGGCCUCAUUCCAGUUCCUGCAGGAGUGCGCACAAUACUUCCUGGAAGUCAAGGAUAAGGAUAUAAGGCACGCACUGGCUGGACUGUUUGUGGAGAUACUAGUACCGGUAGCUGCGACGGUAAAGAAUGAGGUGAACGUGCCGUGCCUGAAGAAUUUCGUGGAGAUGCUGUACAGCCACACGCUGGACGCGAGCACUAAGUCCAAGCAUCGGCUCGCGCUCUUCCCGCUCGUCACCUGCCUGCUGUGCGUCUCGCAGAAGCAGUUCUUCCUCGCCAAUUGGCACUGUUUCCUUGCGAUGUGCCUCUCGCAUCUCAAGAAUAGAGACCCCAAGAUGUGCAGGGUCGCGCUAGAAUCUCUGUACCGUCUCCUGUGGGUGUACAUGAUCAGGAUCAAAUGCGAGAGCAAUUCAGCCACGCAGUCGCGACUCCAGAGCAUCGUCAACUCACUCUUUCCGAAGGGCUCCAAAGGAGUCGUGCCCAGAGAUACGCCACUCAAUAUUUUCGUCAAAAUCAUACAGUUUAUUGCACAAGAAAGGCUAGAUUUUGCCAUGCGGGAGAUCGUGUACGACUUAUUGAUGGUCGGAAGGCCGAUCAAGAUAAUUCUCACGCCAGAGAGGAUGUCUAUCGGCCUCCGAGCGUUUCUCGUGGUAGCGGACAGCCUGCAGCAAAAAGAAGGCGAGCCGCCGAUGCCGAGAACCUCUGGGACGUUACCAUCAGGCAACACUCUGAGGGUUAAGAAGACCUUCUUGAACAAGAUGCUGACGGACGAGACGGCUCGUUCUAUCGGAAUGAGCGCAUACUUCCCCUAUGUGAGGCGGGUGUUGGUGGAGAUACUGAGGGCCCUGGACGCGCACUACGGCCGUCCGCUGAUGCUCACCAACACACAGAACGUUACUAAGGAGCAGGAGAUCAACACCGGUGAGAGGAAGCCCAGGAUCGAUCUUUUUAGGACGUGUGUUGCCGCUAUACCCAGGCUGAUCCCGGAAGGUAUGAGCCCCAGCGAGCUGGUGGACCUGCUCUGCCGGCUGACAGUGCACAUGGACGAGGAGUUGCGAGGCCUCUCAUUCCAGAGUCUGCAGACACUCAUCGUAGACUUCCCCGAGUGGAGGCAGGACGUGCUCGCCGGAUUCACACAGUUUUUAGCCAAAGAAGUUCAGGACACGUCGCCCCAGCUGGUUGAGAACGGUCUCCGCAUGCUACUGCAGCUGGUGACCAGCUGGAAGAACGGCGAGCCGACAGCGACCACCGCACCGCCCAAAAUGGAGCCGCUCGCGUCAGUGGUGCGCGGAGCUGAAGCGCUGGGGCUCGUGAUGCUGUGCCAGUGCAAGGCGUAUCCACGGAGGCUGGCUGUACACGUCAUGAGAGAAACCAAAUACCUGUUAGAGAAGCUGCAGCUGACGCGCGACGAGCCGGCGCUAAUCGACGCGGCGGACGCUCACGUGCCGUACUUCGCGGAGAAGUGCCUGCCGCUGCUGCCGCCCGCCGAGAAGCAGGCCAUCCUCGCCGCCGGCCAGCCCGACCUCGUGUGGAUUGCCGAGAGGACGCACGCUGUAUGGACUGCUGGUGUCCAGCACGAUGACACGUCGUCUAAAAACAGCUGGAGCGGCAGCGCAUCAAACGGCGCCGACCCUUGGGAGGUUGUACUGUUCGGUCUGCUUGAGAGGAGUCGCGUGCCCGCCCGCUGCCCCUCCACCAUACAGCAGGCGUGGCCCAUCCUCCACGCGCGGAUACACGCUCUCUUCACCAUUAUCGAGCCUGCACCUGCUAAUGACAAUCGCGCGUCGCUACUGUCGCGUGGAGACCGCGGUAUACCACGGAAGCCGGAGAAGGAACGAGAUGGCUACAUGCAGGUAUGGAAGUACUACAUGACGAUGGCGUAUCUGGUGGUGCCGGCGGUGCCGAGCCCCGUGAUCCGCUGCGCCAGUCCCGACCUCAGUCUCAGCACUGAGGCGGAGGCGUGGCCGGCGUCGGCCGUGCUGAGCGCCUCCAGCGAGAAUCUCAACGCGCCGGGCGGGUUCUUCACGCUGCCACUGAGCUACGCGCGUGCGCAUAGGCAACACAAACGAACGAGUUCGUCGCCGGACUCGCUGAGCGAGCGCAGCGGCGGCGAGGCGCGCGGGGCGGCCGCGUCGCCGGGCUCGCUGCACAAGCUGGCAGUGCCGCUGGCGCGCUGUGAGGUGCCGGAGGUCAGAGAUGCUGCUGUCGCUGCAUGCGGCAACAUCAACCCCGACGCUCUCAAAGAUCUGAUGGAGGAGCUGGUACCCCUUCUGCGCGAGGCAGUCGACCGCAAGCAGGAGAAUAUGCGCCGGCGGCGGCGGCGCGAUGCGCUGCGACUUAAUCUUAACAAGAUGCUGCUGCUCAUUGCGCAGAAAAAGACAUUUGCUAACAGCACGUUCGCGUUGGAAGGCGGCAGUCUGCACUCGAACCUGACUGAGUACCUGGACGGCGUGCGCCAGUGCCUGGAGGUGGAGGCGGAGAAGGACGCGCCUGCCGCUCGCGAGCAACGCCUUACCUUCGCAGACUUCGUCACCGAGCUCGUCAAGAGCUUCCCGCGUAAGUUGGAGAUGUACAGCUCGCUACUGAAGAAGGAGUUGUGUCGGUCUCUGUUCUCGCUGUUCAGCGGGUGGUGCGGCCCACUGGCGCGGCAUCUCGGCGCGCUGGUGCCGCAGCCGGCGCCGCAGGAGGUCGACGACAGGCUCAAUCUGUCGGCUCUUAGGGCUAUGAGUGCGCUGGUGUGCUGCGGGCCGUGCUUCGCGCCGAGCGCCCUCGCUGAGGAUGGAACCCUGUAUCCGUGGCUUAGCGAGAUGCUCUCCUCCACCAAUGACAAGGUGUACGAGCUUGCGCGCGAGACCAUUGUGCUGCUACUGGACUGCAACCCGGAUAUAGGCCCGCUGCUGGACUGGACGGUGGACAAGUGUUUCACGGGGGCGCCGCGCGUCGCUGACGGGUGCUUCAUGGCGCUCGCCACCAUAUUCAGUGCCAGGGAGUACCCGUGCGACCAUUACACGGCGAUCAUCAACGUGACGCUGAUGUGUACGGGCUGCCCGCGCGCACCGGUGCACGAGAGCGCGCUGCAGUUGCUGCAACUGCUCGACAAACGAUUCUUCGGCACUGUGCCGCCGCUCGCCGCCGACGACGACAACGGGUCGGAGAAAGGCCGUGGCACGUUGGACGCGCUGCUAUGCACCACCUACUGUCGCUCACAGCUGUACCUCUCCCGACAGCUGUCGCAGCUGCACCCGGAGCUCACCAUGCCCAUGUUCUCAGAGAUCACGGCACGCUUCCAGACGGCCCGCACGGAGGUCCGGCAGCUCCUGCUGCAGUACCUGUUGCCGUGGCUGGUCAACAUCGAGCUGGUGGACCCCAACGUGCCCCCCGCCAAUCCGCUCUCCUACAUACAGUAUUACUCGUCAGAGGCGGGGCGCAGCGGGCGGCGCGAGGGGCUCGGCUCGGCGGAGGCCACCGAGAUGGUUCUCAACAACCUCUUCUACAUCACAGCGAAGUUCUCAGACAACCACCCGAAGGAGAUCGAGGAACUGUGGUCAACGCUGUGCGCAUGCUGGCCUAACAACCUGAAGGUGAUCAUCCGAUACCUCAUCAUCGUCUCCGGGAUGGCGCCCAACGAACUCCUGCCUUACGCGAAGCGAGUGGUGCUGUACCUGGCGCGGUCGCGGCCCGAGCGGCUGCUGGACGAGAUGAUGACGGAGCUGCAGACCGUGGAGACGCUCAACUGCCUCAUCGAGCGCACAGAGACGCCGCCCUUCUACCGGCUCACCUCCAUGCGCAAGGCCACCUCGGGCCACAGCGACGGGCCUGGCACUGGGUCGCAGGACGCGACUGGCCGCACUGGUGAGCUGGCGCCCGUGGAGAAAGGCACCAUUCACACCAAACGGCACAGCGGCGAAGACCCCGCCAAGGCCAGCGCCAAGGCUGCGGAGGCGAGCUGCCGCAUGCAGGACAAGCGCGCAUCGGCGCCGCCGUGCUCCACGCCGCCCGCUGACGACGACCAGGCGCCGCCCGCGGACGGCGACGCUACUCCGACGGGCCUGUGCCCGGAGUCGUCGGCGACGCCGCUGCCGGGCAGCGCGCCGGCCACCCCGCAGGAGCCGCGGCUCGAUGUGCCCCAGCCGCGCCCGCUGCCCAUGCCCGAGUACGGAGGGUUCUUCGCACUCCUCACUGAGUACCUGCCCGACAGCAGCCAGCCCAUCUCAGGGUUCCACAGAUGCAACGUGGCGGUGAUGCUGCUGUGCGACGUGGUGCUGGAGGGCGUCGAGAUCGACUGGUCCAUCCACGUGCCGCUAAUGCUGCACAUCGUGUUCCUUGGCAUGGACCACACCAGGUGGAUAGUCCACCAGCAUUGCCGGCAGCUGCUGCUGAACCUUCUGGUGGCAGUGGCGGCGCACCACGACCACCUGACGGUGGCGCGCACCCUGCUGGCGAGCCGCUCCGCGCAGCUCGGCCUUGGGAUACCACCACCCUCGCUGCCUCUCGUGCACCAUAACUUCACCGAGCCGGACGCGGCGUUCGACAAGUACCCGCAAUGCGCACAUUCGCCGCGCUCGCACGCACGCUCUCUCAGCUCCGACCCGCAGGUGACGCCCGAUGGCGAGUGCGACAACUACCCGUCGCUGCCGGUGAUAGUGACGGGCGAGGCGGAGGGCGAGCCGGCGCCGGAGCCCGCGCCCGAGCCGGAGCCCGCGGAGCUGCCCGUCGCUGACGUCAUCAAGUCGCUCGUGCACUUCCUCGCCAAUCGGCCCACGCACAUGCCGCUGUGGCAGUACGAGGACAUCACCGCCAAAGUGUGGACGCUGCGCAGCUGCCAGCAGAUGCAGACGCUGCUGACGCACGUGCUGCGCGUGUUCCGCGAGUCGCUGCCGCACGCGCUGGUGUCGGAGCGCUGGGCGCAGACGGCGCUGCAGCUCGGCCUCUCCUGCCCCUCCAGGCACUACGCCGGGCGGUCGCUCCAGGUGUUUCGUCUGAUCGGUGUGGCGAUGACGGGGCGCAUGGUGUCGGACAUCCUGUCGCGGCUGGUGGAGACGGUGGCGGAGCAGGGCGAGGACAUGCAGGGCUACGUGACCGAGCUGCUGCUCACGCUCGAGGCCGCCGUCGACUCGCUCGAGUCCAACUUCCGCCCGCUCGACUACAUGCGCGACAUCUUCAAGUCCACGCCCAACCUCAACAACAAGGAGCCCCACCAACCGAACGGCGCCGCCUAUGCGCCAGGCAAGCGCUCUCCGGGCGUGUGCGUCGGCUGUGUGAGCAACCACACUCGCAGCACUAGCUACUCCGUGUCGUACUGCGUGCGCAAGAACAACGUGCAACCGUCCAGCGCGGAGAAAACACACGAUCGGAACCGAACAUGCGGCGAGGCGACCAAGGGCGUCUGCUCCAAUCUCUGCCGGUCGCGGUCGGCGCAGUCGCUCAAACUGCUCGGCGACACAGCGACACAGGACGACAAGCUGACGAUCCUGGCGACGCUGUUCUGGGUGGGCGCGUCGCUGCUGGAGAGCGACUACGAGCACGAGUUCCUGCUGGGCGUGCGGCUGCUGGCGCGCGUGAUGGCGCGCCUGCCGCUCGACCGGCCGGACGCGCGCGAGCGCCUCGACCGCACGCAGGCGCACACCGCGCCCUCGCUGCACGCGCUGCUGCUCAAGGGCUGCACACAUCCGAACACGUACGAGCCGGUGGUGGGCGUGCUGGCGGACAUGAUCCCACUGCUGGAGUUGCCCGUCAUCGACCCCACGCAGUCACUCGCGUUCCCCAUGACGGUGGUGGCGCUGCUGCCGUACAUGCUCCUGCACUACGAGGACGCGAACGAGCUGUGCGUGCGGGCUGCGUGUCACAUCGCUCAGUUCACGGCUGAAAAGAGCAAAAAACUGGAAAACCUGGGCACCGUGAUGACCCUGUACUCCCGAAGGACGUUCAGCAAGGAGAGUUUCCAGUGGACCAAGUGCGUCGUCAAGUACCUGUGGGACACCUACUCACACCUGUCCCUGCAGAUGCUGGCUUUCCUUGUUGAGGUUCUUGAGAAGGGCGCGGGUAACCUGCAGCUGCCAGUGCUUUCGAUCCUCCACUGCAUGCUAUACUACGUGGAGUUGAACGCGCCAACCGCCCAGCCAGUCAACGCUGACCUGCUGCGAGCUGUAGCCAAGUUUAUAGAUCAAGACGGCAACAACUACAAGGAGGCGAUGAAGAUCCUCAAGCUGGUGGUGACGCGGUGCUCCACGCUGGUCGUGCCGCCCUACUGGGACUCUACGGCAUCCUCGAUCCUCGACGCGGAACUCCAUGGAAAGAAGGAGUUGCCGGGUCGCACCAUGGACUUCACGUUCGACUUGUCGCAAACGCCGGUGAUCGGCCGCAAGUACUUACCUAAAGCUGGGAGUCAACCCGCGACUGGACCCAGCUCGCUGUCGAACGCUUCCAGCGCUACCCCCGACAAGGGGUCGUCGACCUCCCAGUCGGGCUCGGCGUCGACGGUGGUGGGGGCGGAGAGCGGUACCAACAAUGCGAGCCAGCCGCAGAGCGCCGCCUCGCCGCGCCGCUCGCUCUCGCUGUCGCCCGCCGACGCGCUCGCCUCGGGCUGGAAGCGGCCCUGGAUGUCGCAGAGCCGCGUGCGCGAGUGCCUCGUCAACCUGCUGACCACCUGCGGGCAGCGCGUCGGCCUCCCCAAGAGCCCCUCGGUGAUCUUCAGCCAAAGUUCGGAGCUGCUGGAGAGGGAGUCCUCGAUGGCUUCAUCUCUGGAGGAGGUGUCCGGCACACCGGGCAACGAGCCCUCGGGCGGAGCGCCCCCUACCGACCAUUUCGGAGUGUUCAAGGACUUCGACUUUUUGGAAUAUGAGAGCGAAAGCAUCGAGGGUGAGAGCUCAGACAACUUCAACUGGGGAGUGCGGCGGCGGCCGCUGAGCGAGGAGCGGUCGGAGCGCGGCGUGCAGCGCAGCCCGCCGCCGCUGCAGCCGCGCCAGCCCGACGCCUCCGAGCCGCCCGACGCCGCGCCAGGACACGGCAAGCAGGGAGGGCAUGAGGACUCGUCCGACGAGGAGGCCGGGUGGGAGGAAGGCGCAGGAGGCAGCCGCGGAGAGGGCGACGCCGGUGCACACCACGACCUUGCGUUGCGCCCGCGCACACAUUCCUUCUCCAGCGCCUCUAGCGGAGAUCCCGAAGGCGACAGAGGCGACGUGACGCCGGUGCCGGGCGCGGGGCCCGUGUUGCGCGACGCGUGGCGCGCGUCGGUCGCGGCACUGUUGCGUCAUGCUGCACAUAUGCAACCGUUGGCGUUGGUGCAUCGACUGCACACAGUACUCAAGGAGGUGACGUCGAAGACAGUGUCCCUCUGCUCGGAAUCAGCUCUGACGAGUGGCGGCGCGGCGGAGCUGUCCGCGGUGCUGGAGCGCCUCGGAGCGGAGGAGCCUCCGCUGCUGUGGGUGGGCCCCGGCGCCGCGGACUGCGCGCGCGUCAAGGACGCCGUGCGGUACGCCGCUCUCGAGAUCAACGAACACCUCGAGACGUACUUCGAUAGGCGCGAACACGCUUUGGAGACGUUAGAGAUGUCCCGAGGCUCAAGUGAGGAGACGGGUCGCUGCCUGUACAAGCUGGUGUUCCAGCUGCUGCUCCUGCUGGAAACCAACAACAAGAUGGUGGUGGCGGUAUACCACGCCGCGCUCGACAAUAGGGGCGUGGAGAUGAGCGGCGCGGUGUGCGCGGUGCGCGCGGCGCUGGCGGCGAGCGCGGGCGACGCGUGGGCCGAGCCCGCGCAGCCGCAGCCCGCGCAGCCGCACGACGACGCGCGGCUGCUGCAUCUGCUGCACAGGCAGAAAUGGGGCGCGGCGCUGUCGUUGGUGCGCGAGCGCAACGCGGAGCGGAUCCUGGAGCGGGGCGAGCUACCCGAGGACGACGUCACCAGCCUCAUGCACGUUUACUGCAAGGGACUGGGCCAGGCGCACCCAGAAAUGGUGGCGAUCACGCGUCCAGUGAACGAGCUGUCGCAGAACUUGUCGUUCAUGAUGGAAAGCCUGUACCGCGUGUCGGUGGCGCUGCAGCGGCAGGAGUUCGGCUGACGACUGCGGCCGCCGCGCACCGCCCGCGCCCGCGCCGCGGCCGGGCUGCGAGCGACGCACCCGCGGAACUGACUCCCUGCGCUCACCGCCGCCUCGUCACCCACCCGUCAUCUAGCCACCAGUCUACAAUCUACAUUCAUACAACACAACAUUGCGUAUUAUGGACAGUCGAAGCGCAGUCGCGGCGCAGUCGCGGCGCACGCGAUUAAGAGACACGCAUUUUGGACAUAGAAUUAAAUGUAACUGUAUAACGAAUUUAAGUCUAAACGUUUUGAAGAAUGCAAUAGUGCUAAGUUUCUGCAAACAAGUUACAUCACUCGCCUCCGCCUCGACUCUGCAUCGACAUCGCAAUAUAAAACUUAUGUGGCGGGAAAGAUCAUGGGUACAAUAUUUAGACGUGUAGAUAAAGUUCCAAAAAACAUGAGAAUCAAAGUAUAGUUCAAUUGAGUUUUAUAAAACCCACUUCGACUUUUAAAAACAGUUAAGAACUUCUGUUAUAAAAAUGACGAUCUAAAAUCAAUCUCACGUUGUAAAAAACAAUUGAGUAGAAUAUAUAUUGCUUGUGUGUUUUCGCCUCAGGUUGCUAAAGUGUAAGUUGGUAGAGAGUGGGUGUGCAGCGGCGAGCGCUGGAGUCUCAGUUAACAUACUCACGGUGUGGUCCGUGGCCUGUGACCACGCUCGAUAGAUCUCUCGCCUCCUGUCCCGGAACACACUUGUGUUUUCGGAAUCCUGCUAUCGAUGUCUACAGUUUUAAAUUGUUUAUUUAUUUUAUUAGUAAUUUUUCUGUUUUCCAAAUGGAAUGCAUUAUGACACGGUUUAUUUUUAUUGCGUGUAUCUAUACUCAUAAAUAUAUGUAACCAAUCGUGCAUGUAAUACGUACUCGCUUUUGAAUAAUGGUGAGCUAAGGGAUAUAAUAAUCUACAUUAAAAAGUUAAAAGCUUAAAGUUACCCUUAUUUCGUUUUAAUAAAGUUUUUUUUCAAUGGUCCCUCGGCUAACCAUGACGAUUCGCUAUAAUAGUAACUUUAGUAUAGGAUGCUACGGGAAGUAGUAUGAUAAAAAAGGCAACACACCAAAAAUCCUAAACAUUGUAAAAAAAAACAUAUCUGUACAGAACAAAUAUUUAAUUAUUCGAUGUAGUGUCGGGGUCCCGGGGACCUCUCGGCACGGCGCGGCUUCUAACGCGUUACAAAUAUACGCUAAAAUAUCUUACAACUCAUUUAUACUGGCAAUGUCAAGUUAUCGGGUCAACAUUUAGAAAAUAUCUAGUUAACUUGUUGUUAAAUAUUUAAUACCUUGUUGUAAGAACAAGAUAAAUGUCUUGCUAUCAAACUCGGCGACGACUGGCCUCGGCUGGAAGUGUCGCGUUGGAUUUAAUAGAUGUUUAAUGAAUGUGUAUAAGACGCGAGAGAAUCGGCCUUAAUUACUGCCGUGUUAAAGUUGAGUAUUGAACCAUAAUGGGUAUUAUGCCAAAUUUAUCGACAGGGUGGGGCCUACAGAGAUAUGAUCGAUAUGUGUGUGAAGAGAUGCGGCCCAGCGUCUCUCCUGCUCCUCGGAUACGUAUAAUGGGGGUUUAGCUAUUUCAUUUUGUACCCUUCAUAAUACAACAGGUUUUGUUGAAAAAUAUAAACAUAAUUCGUUGGAAAAUUAGUUUAUUGCUAUGUUUCUACUUCCCUGUCCCCAGCUCUCUCGUGUAGUUCGGAGGGUCCGCGGAGGGCGAUGCAGGGUUCACUAAGAGCUUAUAGCACGUACUCACAAACUUGCAAAUAAAUUGACGUUUCGGCAGCGCUCCGAAGUCGGAACAGCCGAACACAAACUCCCUAUUUGCCUUCUAAUAUACUAUUUGAUAUGGAACAAUAAUAGCGUACGUUGUACAUUAGAACAUACAUGUUUCCGUCUAGUUUGAGCGUCUCUUGUCGCGCGAGUGUUAAUGAGUGUUCACUUUGACUGCUUUCCUAUUAUUUUUUAUUAUUGCAAGUACUUCGCUAAUAUUCCCGGCAGUAACCGAAGAUUACCGAGACGUAAAUUUGCGAUAACAACUAAUGAAUGAAAUAAAUAAUUGUACGGUAUAGAGUGCUGACAUUGUAAUCUGAUCUCAUGGUACUUGAGUCGUCUGUUUUGCGUCACCGAUCUCACAGCUCGAUAUCACAUAAUCCCUAUAGCUGUCGCUAUCAACCGAAAUUCCGUCGCGUAAUUUACUUAGUAACCUGCCAACAAAAAAAGCGCUCGCAUACUGUAUACUGUACCAACUAUUCAUUUAUGUUCCAUUAAUAAAACGUAAUAAAACCUUGCGUUUCUUUGCCGGAUACUCGAGCAAGCUAUAAAAUUACGCAGCAAAUUAUGUGCGACGUAAAUUACGUGAUACGGCCCAGCAGCCGGCAAGGAAACGGUUUGCUUUCCUUAACUUAUUCAUUUUGGACGUAUUGUAUUGAAAAAAAUGAAACCUAUAGAUGCAAUAAUAACCACAAAGGUAAUCGAACGUUGAAGUGUGUGUACUUACGUCUAUUGUAACAUAUAUGAUAUAAUGUUACGUCGACAGCACCGUUUAAGCCGGUUCUUGGAAUUUUGCCUCCCCGGGCGGGUCACCCUCCCUCCAGGCCGUGGUAGCGCCACCCGGAUCAAUACAAUUAAUACUCCACAGCCUCCCACGGUCAUCUCCAUUGGGUGUGGCGAAGCCGGCCGUACACUGAAACAUCUACUCGUCCUUCUCAUGAGGGCUUUCCUGUUUUGUUCCAAACAAGCGCAAAUGAGAUAGACAUCCUAACUAAUUGUCCGUCGGUUCAAACGCAUCGAUAGCCUCCAUAGGGGGCUUUCUCCCUCUGGGUUACAGAGAUUGCCUCCCUAGCUAGGUGGCGUGCGUCCCCUACUAAGGUGACACAUACAUAUGAGAUAACACCAUCACUAUAUAAUUAUUAAAUAAAACUGUCUAUACGUUUGUAAUUUUUUGUCAAUAUAAUUAAGGUCAAGGGCCCUGUUCCGUCUACCGGCCGAAACUGUCGACUUGCAAUUACGGACGUUCUAAUGUAAAGCCAAAAAAAUGAUGCAUUUCUUCUAAAUAAAUGCAUGCCAAGUCCCAGCCUACUGAAUAUUAGAUAUUUAUACUUCAAUGUAAAGCUUCGUGAAAUUUGGAUGUCCCACUAUUUAUUUUCAAAUAUAUAUUAUUGGGUUCAAAAUGUUAAGUUUACUUAACAAACUGAAUUAUUUCCCGAUAAAACUCAUUCACAAGGUAAUUGUCCGCUACCUCCACGAUCUUUCAUAAUAUUUACUUUGCAAUGCAAAACAUCUUGGGACAUGUCACCUGACAUUAUUUAUUAAAGUUAACCUUAACUUAAAUAAAAAUUAAUACUUCAGAUCUGUUUGUUCACAUUGAUUUACAAGGAAUAGUACACAGAAAUAUAAAUUAAAAAAAAAUAUCAUCGUUUCUAAUUAUCGCUUCUAACUUAAAAUCUAAAUUGUUUAGGAGAAACAACACGGAACAAUGCUAAGUCUAGAUACGAAUUUGAAAUGUUUAUAAAUAAAUGUAGGUAAUAUAUUUCGGGUAUCAUAACCUUGCCCUUUUGAACUACCAAACGAAAACGGUGAGCGUAAAUAUCGAUGUUUCUCUACUCAUGUCUAUUUUAUACAAUAUAACAUAGUUAAUUUACCAACUAAUAUAAUAUAUUCUGAUGUAUGGUGUAGUAGUAAAACGUUUAGUCGUCAAUAUCUUUGGGCCUCGCUGUGAUUCGUGCACAUUUCAUAUACCGUAUUACCGUCAUCGACGUCUCCCGGAGGCCCGUAGACAUUAAGUACGAAUGCUAUUUAGCACGUCUCAAAUAUAAAGCCUGUUUUUGAUGUGUACGCAACUAGCUCUUGUGAUAUCACAGAAUAUUUCGCACUCUGUGGAUAUAUUUAUUUUUAUUUUACGAUCCGGUGAAUGUUGGAUGUCGGUGCUGUUGUGUAACCAGGGACCUGUCAGGAACACUCGGGAUCGUCAAGGUCAGCGAGAUGCUGAGUUCCCUCCUCCUGGUAUUUUGUAUGUUCAUGAGCCUUUUCGUAUGAGGUGCUUUGUCUCGCUGAUGAUUAAAAGAUAAGUCUAAGAAAUUCGUGGUGAAGCUGGGCGACGGUUUUGGGCGUCUUAACACUUUUUUUUAAAUAAAUACUUAGGUAAUGAUGGAAGAGUUUGACGUACGACGGCGCCCCGCUACGAAUUUGAAUAGAGUAAUGUUUUUAAUGAACGUCCAUAGCCUGACCUUCCAGCAUCCACCGCGUCCUCGUGAUAGUUAAACUAAUGUUUGUAACCAAUUGUACAUGUGUUUAAUUUAAAUAAAUAAAUCAAAUAUAA